CUGAAAGAUGUUGCUGUUUCUGCACUCGUUCCUAUUGCAAUGCGACAGUGACUGGUGAGUGUGGCUCCAUGCUGCCCCCUGUGGAUUACAGUGUCAGCGCAUGUCAGGAUUCCCCUUGCAAUCAGUUACAUCACUAAGUGUCACCAUUUAUGACAAAAAAAAACCAACCUAAGACAGAUUUGUGAUAGUGGGUGAAACAAUUGUCUUUCUACACCAAGCCCACCAAAGUACCUACCAAUAAGAAAUAAAAUGUCUAUUGCUGGCUAUGAUUGCAGAAGCAAACCAAAUCACGACAAAUAAACACCAAGGAUGCCGGUGAAAAUCCAGCAAGAAUAGCUCCAUGUUAUGUAUCACUGCCUUUCAUUGCCCCCAAUAACUGCUUGACCUCAACUAUACCCCACAAUAGGCAAUCCAAACCGCAGCUUUAGUGCCAGAACUUUAUCAUCUCCCCAACUCCACCGGAAGAAGGUUCACCUGCAGAAAGGUUGGCCAAACACCACUGGCAGUCACUAACUUCCUUGAUAUCUUAUCAAUAUUGGCCUCCAUUUAAUAUAGUUAGAUAAGCGUUUCAAAUGAUUUUUUUUUAUUUAUUUUUUUAAUAUUAAACUGUCAAGAUAUAUCAUAUGUAAAAAAAAAAAAUCAAGUUCUGUUCUGAGUUAGGUGGUUCUCUCAAGUUUAGAACUAAAGUCCAGACAUUGAAUGAUUUGGGUGCCUCAGACAAGUUAUAAGGUUCCAUAGAUAAUCUCCAUGUUUUAUAUUGUUUAUACUGUGCAUGUGUGUCUGAGAUACUAACAGACGAUCUCGGUUACAGUGAAAUCUGGAUUUUGUCCUUCUAAAAAGUCAGACAAUGUGGCAGCUACUGAAGAAUCCUUAGUCAAACCGUUUCCCAAACCAAAAUGUCAGAGCGACAAGGACUGUUCUGGACUAAUGAAGUGUUGCGGUGGGAGAUGUGUAAAGCCAAUAAAAGGUAAUAUUAUUAGAUAAAGCUGUUUAUUUAUUCAAACACGGAAAUUACCAUCCUGACAAAAAUCCCACAGAGUCCCUGCAUCUCUUAAAUAAAUGUAUACAUUAAUUCAGACACAAUUCGACGUAGACACUGUUUACUCACUAAACUGAUAAUGCAAAGUAGAUUUAUAAUUUAAGGAAACGUAGCCUUUUAACAAUAUAAUUUAUUGGACUGAUUAUGUAGCAGGAACCUGACUCAUUAAUUUAAGACAUUUAGGGGAUAAUCUCUGAACGUUUCCCAGAAUUAAACUAAAUAAAAACCAAAAUUGCAGUUUUAAAGGGACACUCUGGGCACAUCAGCUCAUUGAAGUGUCCUGGGUGCAAUGUCACAUGUCCCUUAACCCUGCAGAGGUAAUUAUUGCACUUUUGGGAAAUAAUUGAAUAAUGCUUUCCUAUGGGGAAAUCCCAAUGUGAGCGUGGCCAUUGCUGCGCAUGCGCAUUAAGUCUCCCCAGCCGGCUGAUGUUGGCGGGGGAGGAGCGUGGGUGGACAUCGCCGUGGGACAUCGCUUCGGAGGGGGCGAGGGAUGGCGGCACUGAAGGAUUAUAUAGUGUCAGGAAAACAGCUUUGUUUUCCUGGAACUAUAGGAUCCCUUUAGGCCAGAUUAGAAGAUUUCACCUGAAUUUGGCCGUUUGGAGUUUAGUAAAUAACCCCCAAUAUAUCGGCAUUGAUAUGAAUGAAGCCAGUUAAAGGGAAACUCUCACUUCUUUAGAAUUUACACCAUUUAAAAAAACACUGUAAAUUACCUAGAACUUGUGCUAAUCUUUUCUUAAUAAGAUUCUCAAUUUUCUUAAAUUUACCUAAAACAUUUAACAAAUGACACUAGUUAAUACAGGAAGUAAAUCAGGAUUCAGGACAAGUUACUGGAAACCAUCUUCCUUUUGUCUCUCGGAUACUUUAUGGACAGGUGUUUUCUGACUGUCGCUGCAUCAUUUUCCAUUAUAUAAUAAUUUGACCAGACUCUGAGAUGUACUACACUGGGCAGAGGAUGAUGGGUGUUAUAAUAACACAGGUAUGUCCUUGUUAUAUGUUAAAAGUAUUCCGUGUCCUUCUCUACAGAGCACGCCGGCUUCUGUCCAAUCAACGAGGAGAUAUCUUGCAUUAUAACGCCAGAUAAACCACUCUGCAGCACUGACGCGGAUUGCAAGAAGAACGAGAAAUGCUGUCUGUCUAAAUCUAAAAACCGCAUGCAGUGUGUACCGGCAUUGAAAGGUAAAUCCUAGGACCAGCACUGGCUAAUGGCACACUUACUGAGUAUACUGGGCUAAUGGCAC